AUGGAUCUAGGUGUUGAGCAAGGAGUAGGGUUGCAAGAUCUGGCAACCAGUGCUAUAGCUCUGCAUACUGGUGAUGAUAGGGUAAGGAGACAACCUGAGCAAAUGGAUUCAGAAACUCAUAGCUGGCACUACUCUAGGAAUGGAGUCAGAUACUAUUCAGUGGAGGAUGUGCUAGUAAAUCUGAGGAAAUGGCUGGAAGAUGGAUUGGUCAGAGGAUGGAAAAGAGUGGAGAUUCACAUUCAGAACAAGCAGCUCCUUAGACUGUUGAACACAAGAAAUGGCUUUGACUCGAAUGUUGCUGUAUUGGCUGCUGAUGUUGUUGUGGUUAUUGGUUAG